AUGACAUCGUGCAGUGAAAAAUCUGGUCGCAAACGACGUAGGUCGGAAACGGAAGUAGCCAGCAGAGUGGACACAAAAGUUGCAAAAUCUUGUCAAAAUCUACUCAUAGCAUCCACAGACCUAGAUUUAACCAAUCAGAAGGAAGUGUUCAGAUCAUGUGAGUAUUUCAAAUAUGACAACCGAAUCCCACAUCCGGUUUUAGAUGGCGCCAAGACAGUUCAAACGAACACUGAAGACAGAAGCUAUUCAUCCAUCCAUCCUCAUCCAGAAAAUGCGAUUUCUCACAGACUUCUCCAGGAUAUUGAUACAUUUUCUCGUCUCCAAGGAUAUUUUGUUUCCAGCAUGGACUCAUUACCAAACAACACAGCACCUGACUACAGCUCUAGCUUCUGCCUCUCCGAAGACUCUAGAAAAUUCAAUGCCGAUUCAGUAUUUGUGUGUCAUCCAUAUUUAUCCAGUUGUGAGCUGGAUAUUGACGUGUCUCUAACAUCACCUGUCUCUGGGGGAGAAGUCGUUGUACACCGGAGAUCGAGCGCUAACGCCAGGGAACGACGACGCAUGCAGAGCAUGAACGCUGCCUUUGAUCGUCUGCGUGGUGUCAUCCCUUCCUUUGGAGGAAACCGGAAGCUGUCCAAAUACGAAACUUUACAAAUGGCUCAAAGCUACAUCACCGCUCUACAGGAUGUGCUCAAACACUGA